AUGGCGGAAUUCCUCGAGACUUUCAUUGUUAAAAAGGAAAGUACCACAGAUUGGUUAACUUACAGGCAAUUUAUUGAGACUACUAUGCGGCAGCACCGUGAAUUGAUAUUCCGAUAUUCACACGGCCGUCCUGUCCUUCAUCCUGAAGUGAAUCCACCCACUCAAUGGUUUGACAUCAUCCUACAAAACAGUUCUAAUAAGGUCAGGCUGCGGAUUCGGCUAGACAAUCUGUACUUGGUCGGUUACCAAAUGGAGAAUGGUAAGUGGCUAGAGUUUGGGCUCACAAAUCCCAAGGCACCGCACCAGAUUCCCAAUUCCACUUUUCUGGGCUUUAAAGAUGACUACCAGAGCAUGGACAACGCUGCUUCUAAGGACCAAAACAGGGAAAACAUAAAGCUUGGUUGGAAAAGCCUGGAGGAAGCUGUAUCCAGGCUUGCUACCUCUGACGACGGCGAGAAAAGGGCUUGGUCACUGAUUGUUGUGUCUCAAAUGAUACCCGAGUCAAUGAGAUUUCGUAGCAUCUCCAAACAGCUGGCAACAAAAUUCCAAGAUGAUUCAGCAAAAGAUAAUAAGGCAGAACCACCUCCAGAAUGGAUGAGGAAACAAAUGAAUAAUUGGGGACCUAUUUCAAGAGAGUUACUGCAUAUUGAUUCUGAUCCUAACCAUCGUUUUCAACUUCCUUCGGAUGCCGAAGGAUCACGAAUUAAGACGGUUGAAGAUGCUGUCGCGGCAAUUGGUAUGAUCAAAUAUUACAAGUUUUAG